CCGGGCGGAGCGCAGGACACACGGGCACCAGAUGUCCGGGUUUUUAAAUCGAACGAACCCAGCUCGCCACUGCCAAUCGUGGUGCGGCGUGUGGAAUUGAACUCACGUCUCUUUCCAGGUCGAGCAAGGCUAAGGUCACUUAAUCCAGUUUACUGAAAGAAUAGACAUGGUGUUCCUGACGCUGUCCUGUUGGAUCCGAAACCGUGGACCCGACAGAUACUGGAAAGUUCAAGAAGUUCUCAAACAUGCCCGGCACUUCAGAGGCAGAAAGAACCGGUGCUACAGUCUGGCUGUGCGGGCGGUAAGGAGAGCUUUCGUCUACGCCACUAAAUCUCGGAGGCUCAAGCAGCGCAACAUGAGGACGCUCUGGAUCACACGCAUUGCAGCAGCCUCACGGGAGCACGGCAUGAAGUAUCCCGCCCUUAUGCACAACCUCACCAAGAGCAGCGUUCAGCUCAACCGACGUGUUAUCUGCGACCUGGCCGUCACAGAGCCUCGGUCAUUCCUCUCACUUGCAAAGCUGGCACAGGCUCGGCAACAGGAGGGCUUCCGGGCAGCAUUGGGUGACGGCAAAGAGCCUCCUGGAGUCUUCUCCCGUGUUGUUCUGCUACAGUAAAGGACUUGAUCCGGUCACACAUUUCCAGUUAUGUGGUUUAAAGAACGGUGGUCUUGGAUUGUGGAGAAUGAAACUCGCCUCUGUGCUUUACAGUUAUCACUUCAUCUAAAGUAUUGUUCAUAUAGUCACAUAAGAUUAAUUUCGUUCAAUAAUUUUGUGAUGCUUUAUUGUUCACUACACCAGGGUUGCCUCAUGCUUAACGACCCACAUAAAGGAUCCAAAUUGACACCAGAGUCUGGUCACUGUUGAGGAGUUAACUGGACCCGUGCCUACAAACCUACAAAGUACAAACAAAUGGACAUGGGUAUAUAAUGGAGUCUCACAUGGGUUAGAGUGCAAUGUCCCUGAAGUAGAAAAUGAUGUAACCUUUUGCUCAAGGACACUCCAGCAGGACAGGCACUGAUCCCUGACCUUGAAGGACCAUUUCUCUACUUAUUAUGCUAUCCUGCACCCUGCACCAUUUUGUUGUCCAAAAGCAGAGCAUCUAUGAAUAUGAAAAGAGAUUUGACAAAUCUAUAUGACCUGUCCUACUUUUAAGGCUAUAGGCAACUCUUAAAUACUGCUGUAAGGUAUUAUUUCAGGUAAAGAAUAUUUUUGCACUCAUCACAAGGAUAUAAUCACAAUCCAGGAUGGCAGCUGACAUUAAACAGCGUACCGUAUGUUAGUCCACAGACAGACCUGCUUCUGCCCCAUUCACUGCCUUCGAUCCAACAUCUGCAUCAUGUGUACCAGAGACUGCGAGACAGCGUUACUUACAAAAUACUCCACUGAAGCCCUCCUGAUUACCUCCAGUAUCGUAAUGGAGGAUGUGAUUUGUGGUUUUCCGCAGACCUUCCUCUGUGUGAAUGCCGCUUUUAAGUUAUGAUUUUGAUGCUGUUGGAUUGUGACUUUUAUUUGGAGGCUGGGAAGAAGAGAGGAUUUGUAUGUAAUAAUUGUGUCUGUAAAUAUAUAUUUGACCAUUUGUUGUUGUAAGGUUAUCCUCUAAAUGUUUAGUUCAUUAAACAUUUUGAUAUAUA